AUGACAGCAGUAACAAAUAUGACACCAACACAAAGCAUUAGCAGCGGCAAGAAGAAAGGCGAUGUCAAGGGAAAUGUCAAGAAAACACUCACUGGCAUGAAGAAAAAGGCCUUCGGUGACAUUACUACUACUACUACUACUAGUGGUGGUACGAGACAGAGCAAACCAUCCACGAAUAUCAAGAGCAACGGCUGCAACUCGUCCCAAGAUUCCGGCGCAGUUGACGAAGCGAUUGAGCUUAUCAAUGAUUCCAACAAGGAAGAAGAAGACGAAAAACCAACCAAACCAAACCACCAUAGACGUACCUCAUCCUCCAGCUCCUAUCGAUUGACAAGUAGUAGUAGAGGAGGAGGGUCCUCCUCGGUCAAUUUACAAACCGAAAGCAGCAGUGACUCAUCCUCCGGUUCAAUAUUGACAAGAGGACAUGGGUCCUCGGUGAGUUUACGAAUGGACAGCGAUUUGGACCCACGAGCUGCCAGUGAACUACUGCUGGACAAUAGUGAUCGAUUGUCACAGUUAGUGUACAACAGUCAUACUAAUUUGGCUGGUUUGGUGGCUGACUUUAGUUCCAGCAGCAGUGAAAGUGAUUGUGAGGAGCUGUUUACAAUAGAAAGCAGCAUAUUUUAG